AUGGACGCCUACCCCCACCACUUCCAACACGGCGCAGAAGAGCAGCCAGCGCUGAACACCCCACCAAGCAUGACUGGGUCCCAACACAUAGGGCCUACAACAGCGCUACAGUCCGCGUCGUUGCAACCGUUCGGCCUCCCUAGCAACGCUACCGAGAAUGAGAAAUUCCCCGACUUCUGUUUACAUCAGGAGCCAGUAGUCGUCGACAACGACAACGACGAGCACCACAACUACUACGACCCCUCAGCCCACUCUGAUCCGCGUCUGGUCAAUGGCCAGCACCAUCACCAAUUCAUAUCCUCCUCAAUAAUCCACCCUGCCGUUGCAAAAACUAUCCAAGAUCCCGCUACUGUCCGGGCCUUGCGUACGUCAUCCAUAAUCAGCUCUGCCCCUUCCGAAGCCUCGAUAUCCACUUCGGAAACCUCCACCAGAGCUGCAUCUCCCACGCCAACCUACGACUACACCGCCUCGCCGAAUUCGAGUCCCGCGUCCUCACAAAAAGGCUCCCCCGAGCUUCAUUCGGCACCGAAAUUCGCAUCGCCGACUCCUUCGAUCCCGCGGAGCAGGAGGACGAAGAAGGAACUCAACGCUGCCAGGGUCCAGCGCUCGGGGAGCUACGGGAGCCAGCAAGCCCCAACCAAGGACAAGGAGACAACGCCAUCGAAGAGACGGAGAUUCCUUAGCUCGGCUACUGGUCAGGUCGACGCUCUUGCUGCCGUCGAACCUGCCCAUGAGCAGGUUCUAACGAGAAUGGCCUUCGCGGAACAGCAGAGGUGGAUUACGGUCCAACAAAAAACAUUUACAAAAUGGGUCAAUACCAAAUUAGAAGCUAGGGACCUCGAGGUGAAGGAUCUUGUCUCAGAUCUUAGCAAUGGUGUCUUACUCAUACAUUUGCUCGAAUGCCUGUCAAGCGAAAGCCUUGGACGAUAUGCGGCGAAACCUAAGCUCCGAGUACAAAUGUUUGAGAAUGCCAACCUAGCUCUCGACUUCAUCAAAUCUAGGGGGAUUCAGAUGACCAACAUUGGUGCCGAGGAUGUUGUUGACGGGAACCGAAAGAUCAUCCUUGGUCUCAUCUGGAUUCUUAUUUCGAGGUUUACGAUUAGUGAUAUCAACGAAGAGGGUAUGACGGCGAAGGAAGGUCUGCUACUAUGGUGCCAGAGGAAGACAGCCUGCUAUGACGAGGUCGAGGUCCGCGAUUUCAGCGGUAGCUGGAACGAUGGUCUUGCUUUCUGUGCCCUUCUCGAUAUUCACCGCCCCGACCUGAUCGACUAUGAUGCCCUCGACAAGUCGGACCACCGCGGAAACAUGCAACUUGCCUUCGACCUCGCCCAUAAGGAAAUUGGAAUCCCCAACCUUCUCGACGUGGAGGACGUCUGUGACGUUGCCAAGCCUGACGAGCGAAGUUUGAUGACUUACAUCGCCUAUUGGUUCCACGCCUUCUCGCAAAUGGAGAAGGUUGAGAACGCCGGUAGGCGCGUGGAGAAAUUUGUUCUCAAUAUGCAAGGUGCCUGGGAGAUGCAAAGUGCCUACGAAAGGAGGAUGCGCGAGCUUCUCAAGGUUAUCCGGGAGCAGUUGGUCGAGUGGCAACAGGCGAAGUUCGAGGGUACCUACGCCGACGCGAAGGCGCAGGCUAACCACUUUGCUGCAUACAAGAGGGGGAAGAAGAGGGAGUGGGUAGCGGAGAAGAGCGAGCUGGCCACGCUGCUCGGCAACAUCAAGACCAAGCUAGGGACUUACAGGCUACGGCCCUAUGAGCCACCAGCCGAGCUACGGUUGGAGGUCAUGGAGCAAGAGUGGGCGAACUUGUCCAAGACGGAGAUGACCAGGGCACAGCUUAUCAACGAGACUAUUCGAGAUAUCAAAAACGCUCUGAGAAAAUCUUUCGCCGACAAGGCCAACGACUUUGCCAUGGCACUCAACACCAUGCAACUAGCAAUCUCGGGUCUGGAGGGCGAUGUAGAAGAUCAACUACAUCACGUCCGCAAGCUCAGCGAUAACCUUCCACCACUCGAUCAGUAUCUGGACACGAUUGCUGCUGUGGACGAGAAGUGCCAGGAGGCGAACAUAGAGGAAAAUGACUUUACCACCUACACGUACGACGAACUCUGCUACGAGCUCUCGCUAGUAAAGUCGUCGGUACAGAAGAAGCUCGCCUUCCUCGAAAACCAGAUCGUGGCGCGUAACAUGACCAACCUAACACCCAUCCAACUCGAGGAGUUUGAGAGUGUGUUCCGCCACUUUGACCGCGACGACACCAACUCGCUGCAGGAGCUCGAGUUCAGCGCCGCGCUCGCCUCCCUGGGUCUCGUGUUCUCCGAGGACGAGAUGCACGACUACUUCCUCGAGACAUCCAAGGGUCGCGACUACGUCACCUUCGAGCAGUUUAUCCGCUUCAUGGUCGACGUUACCGAGGAUCAGAAUACGGCCGAGCAGGUCUUCCAAUCCUUCCGUGAAGUUGCGGACGGGAAACCCUACGUCACGGAGAUGGAUCUGCGGCACAGUCUCGUGCCGGACGAGGUCAUCGACAAGCUGGCCGAGUUCUUCCCUAGGCAUCAGGGGCCCGACCUAGCAUCGGACAGAGGCAUGCCACAGUUCGACUACGUCUCGUUUAUGGAGAAGCUUAUCGAGAACGACGCGGAUUCAUCCUCUAAUGGAAGAAUAAAUGGGUUUCACUAG